UGUCACGGUAGGAUGUGUAUGUUUAUGUUUCCGCGAUGAUAACGGUCCGCACACUACAUACGGAGGUUAUGUUUACGCGCGUCGCGAGGACCACGCACGUCUUUGCACGCCGGUAUUCUUAAAAGUCAACGUCUUCGAAUGUCUCCGCGCCCCUCGAGACGUCGUCCCAACGAUUCUCCAAGCGUCCCGUGAGGUUUUCCCCACUGCCGAAAGUUGCCGGACGUAAACGACUGCCGCGAUGCAAAACGCAGUGAACGUGUGCGUAGAAACGUCAAACCCUAUCCACCACAUAAUUUGUGCGGUAGUGUUUGUGUGAGGGGCCACCGAGAGGCCGCUGCGGAGGGCUUCCGAGAUGAGCUAUGAAUCUGGGCUGCCUGGUAGCCUCUAUCUUUGUUCUUCAGCUGCUUCAGCUGCCAUCGGUGCUCGACGCGCUGCCUUCGGUCGUCAAAAUUGGUGCUAUAUUCACUCAUGACCAAAAGGAUAGCAGCACGGAGCUGGCCUUCAAGUACGCCGUUUACAAGAUCAACAAGGACAAAAUUAUAUUGCCGAAGACCACGUUGGAGUACGAUAUUCAGUACGUGCCAAAAGAUGAUUCCUUCCACGCAUCGAAAAAGGCGUGCCAGCAAGUCAAGCACGGCGUCCAGGCGGUCUUCGGACCUUCGGAUCCGAUCCUGGGUCAACAUAUUCACAGUAUCUGCGACGCCCUCGACAUUCCACAUCUCGAGGCCAGGCUGGACCUGGAGACGGAAGCGAAAGAGUUCAGCAUUAAUCUUUAUCCCGCACAAAGUCUGCUCAACGCCGCUUAUCAGGACAUCAUGGAGUUCCUUAAUUGGACCAAGGUGGUGAUCAUCUACGAAGACGACCAUGGAUUAAUGAAGCUUCGGGAGCUGGUGAAGUCACCGAAAAUCCGUGGUAUCGAAGUCAAUCUCCGGCAGGCAGACCCCAACUCGUAUAGGCAGGUCCUUUCCGAAAUGAAGAGCAAAGAAUUUCGAAAUAUCAUCGUGGACACAAAACCCGAGCACAUGCAUCAUUUUCUACAAAUGAUCCUGCAGCUGCAGAUGAAUGAUUACAAGUACCACUACCUCUUCACGACUUUCGAUAUCGAAACCUUCGAUCUCGAGGACUUCAAGUACAAUUUUGUCAAUAUCACUGCCUUUCGUUUGGUCGACGCGGACGACGUCGGUGUACGUAGUAUCCUGAGGGACAUGGAACGCUAUCAGCCAUCGGGAAACACGAUCCUCAACAAGUCGAGAAUCAUCCAGGCCGAACCAGCGUUAAUAUAUGACAGUGUACAGGUGUUCGCGGUAGGAUUACGUACCUUAGAGCAAUCCCAUGCCUUAAGGCCCGCCAAUAUUUCCUGCGAGCUCGAGCACCCCUGGGAUGGCGGCUUGUCUCUUACCAACUAUAUCAACUCGGUCGAGAUGAAAGGAAUCUCCGGACCUAUUGAAUUUAAAGAAGGCCGUAGAAUUCAGUUUAAAUUGGAUCUGCUGAAACUGAAACAACACUCACUCGUUAAGGUCGGCGAGUGGCGUCCCGGCGCCGGCGUCAACGUUACAGACACUGCGGCCUUUUUCGAGCCUAGCAUCGGGAACGUAACUCUGAUUGUGAUUACUAUACUGGAGACGCCGUAUGUGAUGAUGCACCACGAAAAGAACUACACCGGGAACUCGCGAUUUUACGGUUUUUGCAUGGACCUUCUGGCGGCGGUGGCGAGGGAGGUGGGCUUCUCGUACCGAUUGGAGCUGGUGCCGGACAGGAAGUACGGCGCACGAGACCCGGAGACCGGCGAAUGGAAUGGCAUCGUACGAGAGCUCAUGCGACAUGAGCAGCCGUAUGUAAUGCUGAAGAGCGAGGGGAAUUUCAGCGGAAACAUGCGUUACGAAGGCUUCUGCAUCGACUUGCUGAAGGAGAUAGCGCUCAUGGUGGGCUUCACCUACAGGAUUGAACUCGUGCCGGAUGGCAAGUAUGGCGUUUACGAUUACGAGACCGGCGAGUGGAACGGGAUAGUUCGCCAGCUGAUGGAUAAGAGGGCUGAUCUCGCUGUCGGCUCGAUGACAAUCAACUAUGCACGCGAGAGGGUGAUCGAUUUCACAAAGCCGUUCAUGAAUUUGGGUAUCUCGAUCCUGUUCAAAGUACCGACCAGUCACCAGGCGCGGCUUUUUUCCUUUAUGAAUCCGUUAGCGAUUGAGAUCUGGCUGUACGUUCUGGCAGCGUACGUUUUAGUGUCAGUGACGAUGUUCGUCGUGGCGCGAUUUAGUCCCUACGAAUGGAAUAAUCCCCAUCCAUGUCAUCCCGGGACGGAAAUCGUCGAGAAUCAGUUCUCCCUAUCAAAUAGCUUCUGGUUCACCAUUGGAACUCUCAUGCAACAGGGUAGCGAUUUAAAUCCCAAGGCUACGAGCACACGUAUCGUGGGUGGCAUAUGGUGGUUCUUCACCUUGAUCAUCAUCUCGUCAUACACCGCGAAUUUAGCGGCUUUCCUUACAGUAGAAAGAAUGAUCACGCCUAUAGAGAACGCCGAAGAUCUCGCCAGUCAGACGGACAUCGCAUACGGAACUCUCGAUAGUGGAAGCACGAUGACUUUUUUCAGGGACUCAAUGGUCGAAACGUACAAAAAGAUGUGGAGGUUUAUGGAAAACAAGAAGCCGUCAGUAUUCGUUCCAACAUAUGAAGAGGGUAUUCAACGGGUUCUUCAAGGCGAUUAUGCCUUUCUGAUGGAGUCAACCAUGCUGGAUUAUAUUGUCCAGAGGGACUGCAAUCUCACGCAAAUUGGUGGUCUAUUAGACACCAAAGGAUAUGGAAUUGCUACACCCAUGGGUUCGCCUUGGCGGGAUAAGAUAUCUUUAGCAAUUCUGGAAUUGCAAGAGAAAGGCGAAAUUCAGAUCCUGUAUGACAAAUGGUGGAAGAGUCCCGGGGAUACUUGCAUGAGGACGGAAAAGGGAAAGGAGAAUAAAGCCAACUCUCUAGGCGUCGACAACAUAGGAGGAGUUUUCGUAGUCUUAUUGUGCGGCUUGGCGUUCGCCGUGCUCAUAGCGAUUUUCGAAUUCUGCUACAAUUCCAGGAGGAAUGCACCGGCGGAACGGCAAAGACCUCCAGUCCCUCCGACGCCUAUCUCCGGCUCUCUUCAGGGAAUUUCUCAGGCUGUGCAACAACAGCAGCAGCAACAACUGUGCCAGCAGCAACAUCAGCAGCCACCAAAUCAGCAAGAGUCGCUCUGCUCGGAGAUGGCACGCGAGCUCUGCCGCGCCUUACGCUGCCGCGCGUCGUCUCGACGACGGCGUACUUGCGACAAAUGUUCUACGCACGUGAUCGGCUACUCGCCGGACAAUCCCACUGCCACUCCCGUAAACGGGAUGAGGUCCCAGAGAAGCAACCUGGCCGUACCCGUAGUCGAACUGCCUCCACACAUCCAUAUGCAUCAUCACGCACCGCCGCACGAUUAUGACGGCAAUUAAACCGACGUCAAAAUCAUCACUAGAACAUUAUAAUUAUAAUCAGGAACAAGUACAAAGCGUCUCGCGAAAAACAAUUACGAUCGAUUUGUUGAUAGAUUUUCGUCGACAAUGUCGGAAUUUAUCUGGUAGACAUGUUUGCACAAUAAAUAUUCGUCGUCGAUGUUCGCGAUUACGAAAAAAGAGCUUAAACGUAUUUGUAAAGCAAUGCGUGCGCCGCUUUUCCGCACAUUUGAUAAAUCCGCCGAGAGAUCGGCGCUGUAUACUGAACUUAAUUGAUAAAAUAUUAUAACGUGAUUCUAAAGUGGUUUUUCUCGUCGCGAAUUUUGUACGAUUAAUCAAUUCACGGGACACAGUAUAAUCGUCCCGAGGCAAAGCGUUCGCCGCUUUAUAUUCGCCACUUUAGAAAGUAUUCAAAUACGUUCAGGUAACGUGAUUUAAUACUGUCAGGACACCGAAGAAAAAUCUUAAAUUAAAAAGUUACGACCAGCUCGCAUGCAUAUUAAUUCUCGGCUUUGCGAAAGAAAAAUCUCUUCGUUAUGAAGCAAUCAAAAUCGACGUUAUCAAGAUCGACGAGUUAAAUACUAAAAAAAGUUAAUGUUAUUUUACAGCGAUAUUUUAACGUAAUAAUAACUUUACGUAAAUGGACCGUGAAAUUUUUAUCCUCAAAAUUAUGUUUUCGUUGAAAAAUUAUUGUACGCCAAGCGUCUUAUAUGAGCAUCUUAAAUGCAAUUUACGAUGUACAAAAUGAAGAGGAAUAUUUUUUCUCAUCCUCCUCUUCCUUUGUAUUGUUUCCGUUGAAGGUACAAUUUAUUUGGUGAAAUACCUUCCCCUGAGAUCUUUGGCUUAUAGUUUCUUUUUAUAUCGAGUCUUCAAUCGUUGGCGAAGCAAUCAUCGCGAGAUAGGAAUCCGUGAUACUCUCACGUUCCAAUUCUAAUUGAACCGACAUCACAGUUUGAUCAAAAGAAUAGUACAUUGAAUGACAGAUGAUGAACAACCCGUCCUACGCUCGUAAAAUUAAACCAUCCGAUAUAUAUCUACAAUGGCGAUCACCGAUAUCUUUAACGAUAUCACUUGGAGUACAUUCAUGCUACUCUCGCACGAGAUCUAACGUUCAAUCCAUGCACAGAACAUCGUUUAAACACGCUCUGUAAAUGCAUUCUCUUUUUACGAGAGACUGCCUACAAUGUAAUUGUACACGCAAAGUAUUCUGUAAAUAUCGUCGCGCGAAGAAAGCAGCAGUGAGAUUCAUAAUGGGACUAUUUUAUGCAAAUGUGGCUGAGAGUGAGUAAUCGUUAGCGCUAAUCGAUUUGUUAGACGUUUGGUGUCAUGUGUAACGUGUGCUGUAAUAUGCUGAUAGCCGGUGAAUAAAUGUACGAUGAGAGA